UUGGAUUGGGCCCAUGGCAGAUCCCCAAGUCCAGCCAGUUCUUUACUGGGUGAUGCUUUGUUGCACCACCAAAAUCCACUCUCUCAUCCACUGCUGUGCUGAUCAUUCGUCCGCGGCUCUUUCAUUCCUCUCUCAUCUUCUCUCUUCUUCCUACCGCUCUCCACAUCUUGGUGUAGGUGGUUGUUGAAGUCUUAUCUGGCACCGACUGGAUAAAUAAGAGACCGUCCGCCAUCACGACCCCAUAUUUGGUCUUCUUCCUAGCCGAUGAGAGGACGAACAUAGCAUCUAUCGACAACCUCUUGUUUACCUUUUCGCUUCACAUUUUGCCGCCUCUAGCACUGCGUUGCGCAGGCAUCAACCGCCUCCUGCAGUACCUUGUGACGGGCAAAGACCUCAGUCUGGUGCACUCGCUCGCCUCGUCUCUCAACACCUUGCAGCGAUACCCUGUCUUGCCUAUCAAAAAGGGUGGGGAACCAACCGCCUCACAGUCAAGUUCUUGCCCCAAGAUCAGCCGUACAAACCACGCUUUGUUUGAGAAGAGCUAUUGCCACAAGACGAGGCUUUCAAGAGAACAUCCUGGUAUAGGACACGAACCUAGCUUUUGGCACUUGAGAACGUAGACCAACCAGUGGCCCACAACUCGAGACGGCCGCCUAGUGCACAGUGCACUGCAACACCUCCCGCCUCGUCGCGAACAAGAUGCAAACUGAUUCCUCGGCUGAUCAGCUAGAGCUACAGAAGCUUGAGGAACAACGACGCGAACUCGACAGGAGGAUUGCUCAACUCAAAUCGGGAACGACUGCUUCGUUUCCGCUGUCCCCAUUGUCACCACCCCCAACUUACCAGCCCGGCGACGCUCAAGGACCUCAGCCCACUAUCCAAGUCUCAGCCCAGCAUGCGCGCCGACAGUCCAAAGCCCUCUCGACGGCUUCGCCUCCGGUCAUUCCCGCAACUCGCGCCUUUCCGGACGAUGAGGUGGAAUCUCACCCCAUGAAGCGAGCCAAAACGACCUAUGUACAGCCAACGUCAAGUCGGGAGUCGGCCCCCAUGGACCGAUCAUCCUCGACAAGGCCAAUGUCCUCUAUGCCCUUUAGCGGCACGGGAAUGGUUACCCCGCCUCCCGUGCCUCAGUCCCUCCAGCAGCACUACCGACACGGGCCCAUGAUAGAGAACUACUCUAGAGAUGCCGAUCAGGCACCCAUUUCCGAGAGCCUUUUCAGCCACUCAAUGCAAAUAAAUGGGACGUUCGCCAGCCCAUCGACGAAUCUCUCAUGCUUCACUGGUGCCCCUGUCGCCCCUGACGUCGGAAUGGAUGUUGUAGAUUACCUGCAGGCUUUUGGAAAUGGACUACCCGACACAUAUAUUCAUUUCGAUACUGCCGAGAUGCAAAACACCGACGUCACCGGCCAGCCAAUGCCAGUGUCCAUUUGCGGCUCGUUGACCACGGCGCCAACUUUGGAAGACUUGAACAUGAGCCGACGUAACAGCAUCAUCCCAAACGACGGUUCUUCCGUCAUGGGACAGCUUCCCGUCGGAAUGAUUCGUCUUGCUUCGCAGAGCUCUUUUGAAGAUGGCAACUCGCCGGAUGGGCACACUGCCAGCCAGUUUCUUGACAAGAGCCCGACGCUUGGUAAGCCCGCAGCGCCAUCGGAUCAGCAAGACUUUUUCCAAAUCGGCGCGGGUCCGUCACAUGAAAUGUUCCCGCCGACUACCGUUUACCAGUCAACACCGAUGGUCCACUCUGAAUCGAAUCAAUCUAUCGACAUUGGUUUUCCUCAGAUGCCCGACUACCGCCCGGCUGAUGUGUCUCCUUCCUCUUCAUGUGAGGCUUCUUCUGUGGGGAUGGAGCGUACGCAGUCCAGUGCAAGCAGCAGAUCAAGCCAGUCACUCAACCUGCGGGCCAAGGAGGCCAUAAAGAGGCAGAAUCAAAAUGCCAUCAAGGCUCCUAAGCUACAGCCCAAGCCAUUGACUGCUGCAGAUGCCAGUGGCACUGACGAGGCUAGGGACAAGACCGGAGCAGCGAUGCCAUCUACUUUUGCCACGCCGCCCAAGCCGGGAAAGACAGCCAUCACGGCCCCCAAGAAGUACGAGCGGCCGAAGCACCCCAAGGUUCACUGCACCAAGUGUCCUGACCACCCCGAGUUCCGCGGUGAGCAUGAGCUUCGUCGGCACACCGACGCAAAGCACAAGUCUACAGCGAGCAAAUGGGUCUGCCGAGACCCCAGGACAGCGGACCCCUCGGCGGAAUUCGAGGGACCCGUGCCCGUUCAGCCGCUCGACCAGUGCAAGCAUUGCAAAGGCAAGAAGCUGUACGGUGCCUACUACAACGCGGCUGCGCAUCUCCGACGGACUCAUUUCAAAGAAAAGCCCGUCCGGUCUAGAAACACGGGGGACAAGACCAAGGAUGACGCAUCGGCGAAGAAGGCAGACGCCGAACGCCGAGCCGGUCACGGUGGCGGCGACUGGCCAUCGAUGGAUGUCCUCAAGUCGUGGAUGGAGGAGAUCAAGGUCAAGGUCGGAGACGGCGACGAGGAGAAGCCUGUUCAAGGCGAGCAGGACGCUGCAGAGGAGGAUGACGAGGAAAGCGAUGUCGAGGCCGAGAUUGAGGAUCAAGAGCUCGAGCUCGAUGGGAAGGACUCGGUGUUUUACAGCGGUGCAUCUUUUGCUGCUCACGGUGCGGAUAUGGAGAAGAUGACGCUUGACCACGCAUCGUUCCCCGUGAUCAAUCGGAGCAUGUCAGACCCCCUGGCAUUUCAUGACCUGGACAUCCACAGCAUGGGCUACCUCCCGACCGGGUUCCCUCUUUCCUCUGCAAGCUUUGGCGGAAUCUGUCCCCCGCUGGACAUGACGGCCAUGAGCAUGCCUCACCUGCAAUCUUCGGGCGUUCUAAGCAGCCCGUCGACGACGACCGCCACCAUCACACCCAGGAACGUAUCGGACUUUACCGGUCUGAACGCUACGGACCGCGUUCACCAAAGCAACCCCCAGUCUUGUGCCGUCAAGCAGGAGCCCCUGGGGGAUGUAUCUCUGGUUUCCGCAAACCAGUGUACUACUUCUGAAGACUUUUCUUUUGAAGCCAUCUUCCAGCAACCCGACUGGAAUUAAAAGUUUCUGCUUGUUGAUUGUUUUACAACAAGGCGUCGCCGCUCACCAUUCUAAUUUCUUAAUUCAGCUUGUGCUGUUGUCUGCCUUGUGCUUUUCACGUUUUCUCCUUGAGUGUACCUCAAAUCUUGAGCUGUUUUCUUUUUUUUUUUAAACUUUUUUCUUUCCGUUCCAAAUCACCGCUUCCAACUACUACUGUUCUUUUUUCUCUUUUCGAAUUUUUGAGGUUCCGGGGCGUUGUUUUUGGAUUAUUAUGGAGGACUUGUUGCCAAACGAGCUGGGUCUUGGGAUUAGCAGGCGGUCGGUGUUUCUGGUAUAAAGUGAAAUGAGCUCUGCGAGGAGCUGGUUUGGUUUUUUUUUCAUGUUUUGAAACGUUGAGAUCUUGGAUAUUCUGGUCUUUGGUUUUCUUUUCGGCGUUUGUCGCUUGGUUUCUACUUUUUUACCUUUCAAAAUUGCCUGAAUGGCAGUAACGACGAAUGCGAGCUCCUGGCACGGCGGUCCAUGCUGCAGCCGAGGCGCCACUACGGGAGUUUUGCGACGAGUCUACGAUGUUUUAUUACGAUGUUCAAUGAAAUAUGGCGCCAAGAAGCCCAAAAUCAUCCACCAAACUUGCGUGUAUGCGUCUACUAUCCUCAUUGACUAUGUACUUGCCUGUGUUUUUUCUUC